GCGGCUGGAUGGCCAGCCUUGGAUACUCCCAAGUGCUUCAUAGUACACUAUAUGGGUCCCGGCCCACGUAUGAUAGUGCCGGGUAGUGACACGUACAAUGCAUCAGGAGUGCCGUUCAAUUAUCCGCCACAUCGACCCCCUUUUUUUCUAUUUACCGCAUACAGCUGUAUGCCUGUCAUGGAGCUGCCCACUCGUGCCAAGUGGCCCUCUUUCAUUAUCGCCUGCGCAAUCGAGUGAAACGAUAGAGUUUCAUAACACUAGCUUGGAACGUUCCCCCAUCUCGGAAAGUCUCUACGAGUUAUGGUCUUCGUGGGCUUUUGCCCUGCAUACUCAGUUUCCAUAUGUUCUAUCAUUGGAACCGUCCGCCUCCAGACCUACGGCCACUUAUCAGGACCGUCUCACGACUAGUGACGGUCAUACUUACUAAUUACUUCUUAUAGGUCAUUCUCCGAGAUUUUGAUUGUCUUUCUCCGUGCUUGUUCUUUAUGGAUAUCAUAGGGCGCAGCGAAACCCGUCGGGAUCUACUAUUACACUGCCGAUCGUCUCGACCAGCAUACUUCGCUUACAAUAUUUCCCGAACUACACGAAAGUUCUCGUGCACCGUCCCCAAACAUUACAAUUCAGCUAGAAGGGUAUAGUAGCGGCGGAUUGACGCGUUGCUCGGUGACUCUCGCGCUUUUCACUACGCGCAAGUGGAGAACCCUAGAAACAGUGGUCUUCGUGGUCCUCGCGGUCUUUGUCUUAUCUACAGGCCCUGAAGGCUAUAACAAACCUUUCCCGUCAUCUUACAUACGCCUUCUUCUUUGGGGCUCUUCUUCACCGGCAGGGCUCUUAACAUCAUGGUUUGUUCUGGCGAUAAUAUAUUCUUCUUGCGGCGCCGAACGAGAAUCGCAGCAAUCUCAGGUCCCCCAAUUGUCCCGGAAUUUGACUUUAUUCCGCCAUUCCCGAGCCACACGGCCUUCUUCACCCUUCAACCUCCUCGUUCAGUGCAGAACUUCUUGCUUAUCAUCUGGCCUCAUGACAUCGUCGUGACAGAUUCAGUACGACAAUGACAUUUCAUAUACGGUUUUAUCCACGAGUUAUGAGUCACGUCAAUAGAACUUCGAAAGACUUCACUGAAUCUUGGAACGAGCUGACGGAGGCAUGAAUGAACGUGAACCAUGUUCACUUCUCUCUCGUGACUAAUGCGUAUCCCCAAAGGUCCAACGCUCAUAACACGACGCCGAAUUGUAUUUUGGUUUCCUGCUCACCACCCAAGGCCUGCCGUCCUCCUUCCAUUACCGAUAACGGCAUUAAUGCGGCGGGAACAGAAGACUCUGGAGUGUAGCGAGCUGUCCUCAACAUCUACAACCGCUAGUACGCCAAACAGAAUAAUACCUCAUCGGACCCCACAGUCGCAUUGUAUACACCAAUGCACCUACUGCUAUCGUAAACUUCUACGUGGAUAGCUCUCGUUGUCGCAAGGUUCCUGGUACAAACGCUCGUGCCCGCGAUCGCCGGACAGUCGCUUCCAUGAGAAUAUACUGUAUUGCUCUGUACGGUCAUUUUGCCAACCAUUACACUAUGAUUCAAUGGCUUCCAUGCUGAUAAUGAUCUCUACAGCUUCAAGUCAUCAGGGAAUAUCCUCGGACCCUAGAGACAAUGCAGCAGAAAUCACAGGCCGUGAAGACACCCGGGUAUUCGGGUUGUCGCUUGCCUCGGGCGAUUACAUACAAUACACAAACUUCUCAUUCGAUUCUCGGUUUGAAUCACCAGGACAACGUUGUAUGCGAGGAAGUUCCUGGAUACAAAGACAUGACCAUGUGGCGCGCACUUCUUUGCUUCAUGCAUCAACGUCACUCGUGAAUUGCCAAGGCGAUUCUCCGGAGUGGUCCGCGGCGUAUGUGAAGGCAAAAGCUGCUGUUGCGAAGCUUAAUCUCCAUCAAAAAGUAGACUUGGCGACUGGCGUUGGAUUCUUCUUUGGGAAAUGCACUGGUAGCACGCCAGCAAUUUCUGAUAUUGGGUUUCCAGGGCUAUGUCUCGAAGACAGUGCUUUGGGUGUUCGUAAUGUAGACAAAGUAUCUGCCUUUCCCGCUGGUAUCAAUGCUGCUGCAACAUUCAAUCGGACGCUUAUGCGCCAGAGAGGUGUGGCUAUGGGUGAAGAGUUCAGAGGAAAAGGGGUGCACGUGCAACUGGGCCCUAUGAUGAACAUUAUGCGUGCUCCCGCAUCUGGCCGAGCUUGGGAGGGUUUCGGUGCAGAUCCCUAUCUAUCUGGAGAAGGCGCUUUCGAAACUACGACCGGUAUACAGUCGCAGGGAGUUCAAGCUACAGCAAAACAUUUCAUCAACAAUGAACAGGAACAUUCUCGCAUGACUAGUUCAUCCAACGUCGAUGAUCGAACGCAACAUGAGGUGUAUCUUCAUCCCUUCUUGAGGAGCAUCCAAGCCAACGUUGCCGCGGUCAUGUGCAGCUACAUCAAUGGAACCUCUGCGUGCGAAAAUAACAGUACUUUGAAUGGACUUCUCAAGACUGAACUUGCUUUCAAAGGCUAUUGGGUUGCGACUCAUUCUACAGCUUCGGCGAACAGUGGCCUUGAUAUGACUAUGCCGGGAGACAUUUUCCCGGGGUCCCUCAUUAGCUUCUUUGGCGAAUCACUCGUUAUAGCCGCUGACCUAGGCGUCGUUCCUAAGUCUCGCGUCGAUGACAUGGCCACGCGGAUUCUGGCCGGAUGGUAUUUGCUAGGGCAAGAUAAUGGUUACCCUGCUGUCAGCUUCAACUCGAAGGAUGCCAACAGCGGCGACAAUCAACAUAUUGAUGUUCAGGGCGAUCAUGCUAGCCUCAUACGGACCAUUGGUGCAGCAUCCACGGUACUCCUUAAGAAUAGCAGGAAUGUUUUACCUCUGAAGAGUCCAAAAUCGGUCGCUGUUAUUGGGAGUGGUGCAGGGCCGAAUCCGAAAGGUCCAAAUAAUUGUGUUGACCGGACAUGCAAUUCAGGCGUGCUUGCAAUGGGAUGGGGCAGCGGAACUGCAGAUUUCCCAUACCUAAUCACGCCUUUAGAUGCCAUCGGUAAUCGUUCCGCCACAGACGGGACAGUUAUUUCGUCCUCCCUUAGCGACUCUGAUCUGAAUGCUGCUGCAAAGGCUGCUAUUGGAAAGGAUGUAGCGUUUGUCUUCAUCACGGCUGACAGCGGAGAGGGUUCGUACAUUAUUGAAGGCAAUAACGGAGACCGUAACAACCUGCAGGCGUGGCACGGUGGUGAUGAUCUAGUGAAGAAGGUUGCUAGUGUGAACAAUAAUACCAUCGUGGUGGUGAACACUGUCGGACCUAUCGUGGUUGAAGCCUGGAUUGACCAUCCCAAUGUUACAGGCUUGGUUUGGAGUGGUUUACCUGGACAGGAAACUGGUAAUUCGCUUGCGGAUGUACUGUACGGCGCAUACAAUCCAAGUGGAAGACUUCCCUAUACUAUUGGAAAGUCGGUCAACGACUAUUCAGCUCAAGUGGAUUAUACGUUCUCCCUUCUGACCCUUCAAAUGCCUUAUUCCGAAGGCCUUUUCGUUGACUAUAGGCAUUUCGACGCCGCUGGGAUAGCACCGAGAUUUGAAUUCGGCUUUGGCUUGUCAUACACCACCUUCACUUAUUCAGGGUUGUCGAUAUCUGGUUCUGCAAAACCUGGUCCAUCGUCACCCCCCUACGGCUUUGGUUCAUCUUUGGAUGCUUCCCUACACGAGAAGGUUAUCAAAGUGAGCUUCACUCUGAGGAACAAUGGGCGUGUUGCAGGACACGAGGUCCCUCAAUUGUAUCUUUCUCUCCCGGCAUCCACAAAUAGCCCUCCUUCUCUUCUGAAGGGCUUCGAUUCGGUGCAUCUCACACCAGGACAGUCGAAGACGGUCACCUUGGAGCUCUCUCGUUACGACCUAUCCAUUUGGAACGUUAUCACUCAGCGAUGGGAGAUACCGAGCGGAAAGAUUGGGGUCAAGAUUGGGGCAUCCAGCCGGGAUAUUCGGUUGACAGGAGCACUAGGAAACUGAAGGCCUUUCAGAGGAUGUCAGGAGGAGUGGAUACCCUAGUAUCUUGGCAAUAGUAAUCGGGUCUCCUUUGGGACAACUUCAGACUUUGCGCUUUUUAACCUCUCCGGGAUUAGACAUUGUUCUCUUCUCCAAGCCCUCUAAUGGCUGACAUUCAGAAGUGUUUAAAUAUUGUUCCGUUUCUGCUGAGGUAGAUCCAUGUUUAGGGUAAUUUUCUGAACCUACGUCAUUCCAUCA